AUGCCCGGCCGACCGACCGCGACCUCGCCCAACCCAGAAAUGGAGGGAAUUGCAGUCAUCGGAAUCGGGUGUCGCUUUUCUGGAGGUGCAACAUCCGUCGAGGAUUUCUGGCAGAUGCUAUGUGAGGGACGUACUGGACACGGAACUAUUCCCUCAAGCCGAUAUGAAGCUUCUGCCUGGCAUCAUCCGAGUCAUGAUCGCAAAGGCGCGAUCAAUCAUGACAGCGGAUUCUUCCUAGAAGAAGAUCCCUCCCGCUUUGAUGCACCCUUCUUCUCUAUUACCGCCAAGGAGGCAGCGGGAAUGGACCCAGCACAGCGUUUGCUGCUCGAGGUUGCAUAUGAAACUUUUGAGAACGGCGGUAUUCCAAUCGACUCACUUCCAGGGAGUAACACAGCAGUGUAUUCCGGGUCAAUGACCAAUGAUUAUGAGCUAUUAUCAACUAGAGAUAUUUAUGAUAUGCCUCAUAACUCGGCAACUGGAAAUGGAAGGACUAUGCUGGCAAAUCGUUUGUCAUGGUUCUUCGAUCUCCAAGGCCCCAGUAUCAUGAUGGACACUGCGUGUUCCUCAAGUUUGACUGCGGUGCAUCUAGCAGCCCAGUCUCUACGUUCUGGCGAGUGCGGAAUGGCACUAGUGACCGGAGCCAGCCUAAUUUUACACCCUAAUUUCACACAAAGGCUCUCCUACAUGCAUAUGAUGAGUCCAGAUGGCACAAGUCACUCAUUCGAUGAGUCUGCAAAUGGAUAUGGCCGAGGAGAAGGUAUUGGCGCAGUGCUUUUAAAGCCUCUCAGUGCGGCUUUGGCCGACGGAGACAACAUUCGAGCCGUCAUCCGCGGUACAGGGAUUAACCAGGAUGGUCGUACGCCUGGAAUUACCUUGCCAAGCCCGACAUCACAAGCCAACUUGAUCCGUUCGACAUAUGAGCGGCACGGAAUUUCAAUGAAAGAUACUGCAUACUUCGAAGCACAUGGGACUGGUACUCCGGUCGGAGAUCCCAUAGAGCUGUCUGCUGUUGGGAUGACUUUGGGGGAGGCAAGGUCAGCAACCGAUGAGCCGAUAUACGUAGGCUCCGUGAAGACAAACCUCGGUCACACUGAAGGAGCUGCAGGUGUGGCUAGUUUGAUCAAGGUCGUUCUCUGUUUGGAAAAGGCCACAUUAGUACCAAAUGCCGGCUUCAAAAACAUUAACCCUAAGAUCCGUCUCGACGAUUGGCGUUUGCGCCUGAGCGACAAAACGAUACCUUGGCCAGAUCAUCUGCCACAACGGGCCAGUAUUAACUCAUUUGGAUUCGGUGGAUCAAAUGCGCACGUCAUCAUUGAAAGCACCAAAGAAGCCCUCAGGGGAAAUGAUGAAGACAGAGAGCCUCCUCCGCGUGUUGUGGUUUUCUCUACUUUUGACCAAGCUGGCAUUGACCGACUGGGUCAAAAUUGGAGCAGCUUCGUCCAACGUCAGCAAAAGGCUGAGCAAGAGAUCCCAAUGAAAGAUCUUGCGCAUACUAUGCUGAAUCGCCGUUCCCAAUUGGGCUUCCGCAGCUUUGCAGUUGCCAACACAGGGGAUCAGCUUGGGGAGAUCCUGGAAAAGGGCCUUCCCAAGUUUGCUCGAGCCAGUCGCAAGGUUCACACGCGAAUUGCCUUUGUUUUCACUGGUCAGGGUGGCCAGUGGGCCGGCAUGGGCCGUGAGCUCUUGAGGACCGCAGUCUUCAAAGAAAGCAUGGCGCGUUCACAAGAGAUUCUUUCAUCUAUGGGAUGUCCCUUCAACAUUGUUGAGGAGAUUCGAGCCGAAGCAAAGGAUAGCCGUAUCAACCGACCUGAUCGCAGCCAGCCUAUAACUUGUUCCUUGCAGAUUGCGUUGGUUGAUCUUUUGGCCAGCUGGUCCGUUUAUCCCAACGCAGUUGUUGGACACUCCAGUGGUGAGAUUGCUGCCGCCUAUGCUGCUGGGUAUCUUUCCCACGCAGAUGCCAUGCGAGUCGCAUGGUUCCGCGGCUUCUUUUCGCAGCAGAUUGCUGAGAGUGACAAACGGGGAGGUAUGCUCGCUACUGGAAUCUCGGCAGCAGACGCACAGAAGUAUCUCGAUGAACUUCCACCGAGAUCGGUCGUUGUUGCCUGCGUUAACAGUCCUGCCAGUACAACACUUUCAGGUGACGUGGACCUCAUUGACCAGCUUGAAGUAAGGCUACAGAAGGAUGGUCACUUUGCCCGAAAGCUGCGCAUUGACACAGCUUAUCACUCCCCUCAUAUGGAAGAGUUAGUUGAGGUAGUUGGAAAUGCCAUCGAUUGCAUCAAGCCGGAAGAUCGACACAAUGGCUCGAUUCCCAUGCUUUCAUCCGUCACAAAGGAGCGUGUCCAUUCUGCCGAGCUUGGUGGAUCAUAUUGGGUACGAAACAUGGUCAGCUCGGUUGAAUUUACCGCCGCAGUCUCGCAACUCGCAAACCUUAGCGAGUCUAACAAGGCUCGCCGUCGGCCGGUCCCUAUCAAAUGGACCUCCCUGGUUGAGAUUGGCCCUCACGCAGUGCUCAAGGGACCAGUCACUCAGAUCUUGAAAUCUGUCAACGCGAGCAUGGCAUCUCUCCCAUAUCACUCGUUGGUGUCGCGUAACCAACACGCUUUGCGAACGUCGCUCGAAACUGCUGGCUCUCUUUGGAGCACAGGACAUGAUGUAAACCUCGCUGCGGUCAACAGUAGUGUUGAUAGCACAACGCCAACAGUGGUUUCUGAUCUGCCUUCAUAUCCUUGGAAUCACCAAACAUCAUUUUGGCACGAGCCGCUGGAGACAGCACAGCUGAGACAGCGCAAACAUCCGCGUCAUGAUAUUUUGGGUGCUCCCCUGGACUACCAAAAUGCCUUGGAGCCACGGUGGAGGAACUUCUUGCGCCUGUCAGAGAAUCCUUGGAUGGCCGAUCACGUCGUGGCUGGGUCGAUUGUUUUCCCAGCUGCGGGUAUGCUUGUGAUGGCCACUGAGGCGGCACGGCAGCUCGCCGAUGAUCAAGCCAAGGUGAGAGGAAUCGAGUUCCAGGACGUUCGCUUUAUGCGCGGAGUGGUGAUUCCCGAGGAAGACCGAGGCCUGGAAACCGUUCUUCAGGUCUCCCCUCACCCAGGAAUACCGGGCUGGUAUAAUUUUGGUAUCUUCUCUCUUCCAUCUGGGGGAUCCUGGAUUCAACACGCGAAGGGUGCAUUCACUAUGCGAUACGAGAACCGAGAAGAUGAUGAACUUACUGCAAACUGGGAAGCCGCUGUGGCGCGCAUCAAGGAAACACAGUCAAGUGCGCGAAAGGCCGAUAUUGGGCAGGCCUACCAAUGGUUAUCUCACACCGGAGGACUGACAGUCGGCCCUUCCUUCAAGACUAUCACAGGCGUCUCAUUCUGUGAAUCAGAGCCCCGUCUGUGGCUAUCUGGUGUUGUCACAGAAACAAAGCAAGCAAUGCCCUACGAAGUGGAGACGCCCAGUUUCAUUCAUCCCACAACACUUGAUUGCCUCUUCCAGUCUGCCCUUCUAUCUUGUUCCGAGGCUCUGUCGAGCAGCAACGCCAACAUCCCCGUCGGAGUGGACCAUAUCUAUAUCGCCGAUGCCUUCCAGCCACAAUCAGGUGAGCAGUUUGCUGUCCACACCGAAACUCAGUGGCGAGAUGGCAAGUCCCGAUCUAGGUGUAUUGCGUCAGAUCCUUCCUGGACACAGCCCUGGAUCACAUUCGAAGGUGUUCACCUUGGCCGACUUCCCUUUAACCCCAACUCGCAAAAGCAAGAGGAAGUCACCUCUGACAGCAGAUAUUCUUCCAUUGUUUGGGAUGAACACUUGGAGUCACCCAUCGUCACUGGUCGAACCCCGUCUGACGGCAACAAAGGAACGGUUGUGGAAACCAGCGAUUUGCAGCUGGGAGACUGGAUCAAGCGCAUGUGUCAUACAAACGGAGAUGUCAAGGCGUUGAUAACGACCGCGAACACAAGUUAUUCGUGGGUCGAAGACCUGGAGAUGGCACCAGGUGCCGGAAAGCGGCCAUGUCUAGGAAAGCUCACGGUUGCCUUGUGUGGCUCCAAGGAUGAAGAGAAGAACCAUACCCAGAAGAACCUCGUGGGAACUCAGGUUGUGCCCCUCAAUGCACUUGGUGAACUUCCAUCCUCAUCUCUUGCCGAACAGACAUUUGAUCUUGUCGUUAUCGACGAGCUCAGUCUGUGGGAAGGCAAAACCCUACAAGCGAUUGCUUCGCUCCUUCCCACCAUUCUUGAACAUGGAGGCUUCGCAGCAAUGCGCGUCUCGGAUGAGAAUAUCGAAUCUGCAGUCGAGACGUUACAGCGAGUCAAUGGUCUGGACAUCCACAGUAUGACUGAGGAUCGCAACUUUGUCAUCACACGCAAGACGCCCGUCCAAUGGGCCACAGACUCGGAGAUCUAUAUCUUGAGUCCAACAGACAAGUCCAACUCUUUCCCCGUGUUUGACCACCUUGAGAAGAUCUUCGCCACCCAUAAUGUUCGCCUAGUCUCUGUUGGAUUAGACCAGGUACCUGCAUUGGAAAAUAAGACUGUGAUUUCGUUGCUGGAUUUGGCCGGCCCCUGGGUAUCCGAGUGGGCGGCCGAUGAUCUGAGACAUCUCCAAGAGCUAAUCCGUGCACAAUACGUUCUUUGGAUCUCACCAUUCUGGGGUCAAGGAGGCGUUGAAAACAUAGGAUCAGGUGCAACGGGCGGUCUUCUGCGAACACUUCGCAACGAGCAUUGGAAUACUACUAUUCCACAGCUGCUUGUGGAUGCCGAAGAUUUGCAAGACCAAUUCGGAUUAGCUUGUGGAAUUUUGCAGGUUAUGCAGCUUACCACGCAGCAAAACUCACGCCGUCCAGACAUGGAGUAUCGUCUCUCCAAUGGUCGACUUUUGAUCCCACGUGUCCUUGAGACAUCUGCAGUGGAUGAGGCUAUGCAGACACUGGUCAAUGGCCCCAAGCCUGUGCUAGCAGAUCUGGCACUGGACCCGAGACCCCUUGAAUUGACGAUCAAGGACACAAACCGUGCGCACUGGACGGAGCAACAAGUUCCCGAAGGGCAACUUCCACCAGAUCAUGCCGAGAUCAAGGUUGAGAUGGCCACAAUUUUUGACCUGAAUGGUGAACUGGGCAAGACGCCAGAGACUGUUCUCCCAAUGAUUGAAGUUUCUGGAAAGGUCACCCGCAUUGGAUCUGGGGUGAACGAUCUCAACGUUGGUGACAAGGUUCUGACGCUGUCCUCGGCAAAAUCUGGGCUUUCCACGAAGAUUCGCGUGCCGGAGAGCGACACUAUCAGAAUACCAGCAAACACAGAUCUCGCACAGGCGAUCUCAACUCCUCUCGCGUAUCUCAACGCGUAUCAAAUCCUCACCGAAGUUGGUCACCUGCGCUCAAAUUCCUCUGUCCUUUUGGUUGGGUCAAUCAGCCAAACUCUUCGAGCCAUGAUUGACUACGCGCUUGCCAUGGAUAUGCAUGUUAUCGUGGCUACUGAUUCCCAAAAUACUUCUGAUAUUCUCUCCUCGCGCUACCCAAGUCUACAGGAUCGGAUCCUUGGUAUACACGGCAGCCUGGAAGCAAGUGUAUCUCGGCUGACCAACGGAAGUGGUGUUGAAGCUGCCAUAGGCUUCCUGGGCGGAUAUUCGGGCCGGGUUGCGGCAAGAUGCUUGGUCCAAGGCGGCCAGUAUAUCAACUUGUCCAGCGAUAUGAAGUUGAGUGCUUUGCCAGAGAGCUUUAUUGAAAGUGGUUGCACUUUCUCCUCGCCAAAACUGCAAAGAACAUUCUCAGAGAAGCCUGGUAGCCUUCACGCCUCGGUUAGGCACGUCAUCGACUUCAUGAAGAAGCACAAAAUGCUGGAGCGUGUAGAGCCCUACGCUACUUUCCCUGUUGCUGAUGUACAGGCAGCUCUGAGGUAUUGCAAAGAGACUGAUACCCGAGCCAUAGUGGACCUUCAGGCUCCGGGUCAAGUUCCAAUCGUGCUCCCACUUCCAGAGCUUGCUGCUUUGCCGGCGGAUCAGACCUACAUACUGGCUGGUGGACUAGGAAAUCUUGGCCUUGCGCUUGCUGAGACUUUAGUACUGUCUGGAGCCCGCCAUUUGGUAUUCCUGGGCAGAUCUGGUGGGGUUCAGCAUGAUCAGCAGCUCGCCCUUGAUCGGCUUCGUGGUCGCGGAUGCAGCAUCGAUGUGGUACGCUGUGAUAUUUCCAGGAGAGGAGACAUUGAUCAUCUUGAAUCAAAGAUUCGCAACAAAAGGUGGACAGUCGGAGGUGUGAUUCAGUGCACAACAGUCCUUAAGGAUACAAUGUUCGAAAACAUGUCGUUUGAUGAUUGGACCCAAUCGACUGAGUCCAAGGUUCGCGGGACAUUGAACUUGCACCAUCUCUUCUCCAAGCAAGAAAGCUUGAAAUUCUUCGUGGCGCUAUCAUCCGUCGCGAGUGUCAUUGGAAAUAUGGGCCAAGCUAACUACUCUGCUGGAAAUGGUUUCAUUGAUGCUCUCAUGGAAUGGCGACGAGGCAAUGGCCUUCCCGGCCAUUCCAUCAACAUUGGCCUCGUCCCAGAUGCCAGUGGUCUCAGUGAUAUCAACGAAGAUCAAGAGCAGCGCCGCCGCCGCUACAAGCACCUUGAGGGCACAGAAAUCAUGACGCACGAGCUUCAGACCUUGCUGCGCGUGAUCAUCAACAGCAAGCUCUCUCUGCCUCCCCAAAUUGUAGCUGGCAUGACCGACUCCCUGUCACGCAAAAGUGCUCCUUCCGCGUGGCUUUUCGAUCGAAAGUUCGACCACAGGCUUGCCCUGGCUGUUGAACAAAACGAGACAACCGAAAUCCUCACCAGUACUUUGCUGAAGGAGUCUGGCUCCGUUGAUGCGGCAGCUCAGAUUGUCGUCGACGCUCUCAGUGAAUAUCUGGCACAUGCAAUGGCUACGACAGCUGAUUCUAUUGACCCGGAUUUACCAUUGUCUGCCUUGGGUGUGGAUUCCCUCAAAGCUACAGACGUGCAGAACUGGGUCUCACGUGAAUUGGGGGCUGAAUUAUCCUCUUUCGAAUUCCUUGGAUCACAACCGACCAAGGCAUUAGCAAGGAAGAUCGCCUCAGCUAGCUCUUUUGUCUCCGAAUCGAGCUGA